ACCGGUAAAAGACUUCAAAGACUUUGCCCACAAAACACACACACAGACAGACACCUCUCUCUUUCUCUCAAGAAAAUCUCUCUUCUUUUCUUGCAUUUCUUCUUGUUACCUAUUCUUUCACUCUUUCUUGCUUUCAUUUAUGGACAAAGGAUGGGGUCUUACUCUUGCUUCUGAUCCCGUUUCUGUCUUCUCUAGCAACAACAGCAACAACAGCCCGGUUGGCUCUUUUUUGAAGGUCAAAAGGGACUUCAGUUCUGAUCAUAACAUGGCAGAUUCUAGGAAUAUUAAUAAUAGUAUGUUUCAGUUUCCGGUCAGUCUUUCUGCCGGCAAGGAAGAGGUAUCAUCUGCUGCUGCUCAUGAAGUAGACUUCUUUAAGGAGAUGAUCAAUAGGGUUGAUGGCCAUGAUUCUAAAUCCACAAGUGUUAUUGUUAAGAAGGAGAAUUCUCUUGCUGAAGUUGCUCCAAGGUCCAGUGCUGCUCUUGAUGUAAAUACUGGAUUGCACCUUCUAACUGCUUACGCUAGAAGUGAUCAAUCAACUGUGGAUGAUGGAGUUUCAUCUGACGCUGAUGAUAAGAGAUCAAAGAAUGUUGAGCUAGCACAAUUGCAAGUGGAACUUCAAAAAAUGAACGCAGAAAAUCAAAGGUUGAAAGACAUGCUUAGUCAAGUAACCAACAAUUACAGUGCCUUACAAAUGCAUUUUGUAGCAUUGAUACAACAACAACAACGGAACCAUGGAGUUGAAAGCGAUAACAAACAGGAGACUGUGGAUGCAAAAUCUUCCGAGGAAAAGAAACAUGAGAUGGUGCCUAGACAAUUCAUGGAUCUAGGACCUUCAGCUGAGACUGAUGAGAUAUCCAAUUCAUCGUCCGAAGAGAGGACUCGUUCUGUAACACCUCAAAAUCAUUUCGAAGCAGCUUCGACGAAAAACAAUGGUAAACUUGAGAUGGUUCCACAUGAUCAAGAGAAUUCUAGUUUCCGAGAUGGAAAGAGAAUUGGCGGAGACGAGAGUCCUGAAUCAGAAUCACAAGGCUGGAAUCCUAACAAGGUUCAAAAGUUGAAUCCUGCUAGUUCUGCCAACAAGGCUAUUGAACAAUCUGCCGAGGCAACCAUGAGAAAAGCCCGUGUUUCGGUUCGUGCACGAUCGGAGGCUCCCAUGAUUUCUGAUGGCUGCCAAUGGCGAAAGUACGGUCAGAAGAUGGCGAAAGGAAAUCCAUGUCCGAGAGCUUAUUAUCGGUGCACCAUGGCAGUUGGGUGUCCAGUUCGCAAACAAGUUCAACGUUGCGCGGAGGAUAAGACAAUCUUGAUCACAACUUAUGAAGGCAAUCACAACCACCCUCUACCUCCAGCUGCAAUGACAAUGGCGUCAACAACAACAGCAGCUGCAACUAUGUUACUUUCAGGAUCAAUGUCAAGUGCAGAUGGCAUGAUGAACCCAAAUUUGCUAGCAAGAGCAAUCCUCCCAGGUUGCUCAUCAAGUAUGGCAACGAUUUCAGCUUCAGCUCCGUUCCCUACUGUAACAUUGGACCUCACUCAAAAUACAAACCCUCUACAAUUCCAAAGACCUCCUACACAAUUCCAAGUCCCUUUCCCAGGCCAACCCCAGAAUUUCGCCUUAGUCACAGCUCCACAAUUGCCUCAGGUUUUUGGUCAAGCCCUAUACAACCAAUCAAAAUUCUCCGGUCUCCAAUUGUCUCAAGAUAUAGGGUCAUCACAAUUAGGCCACCAAGCUCAACCCCAAAUAUUUCACCCAGGACAACAACCUUCCCUGUCUCAUGACACAUUGAGUGCUGCCACUGCCGCCAUCACCGCUGAUCCUAAUUUCACUGCAGCACUUGCAGCUGCCAUCAGCUCCAUCAUUGGUGGUGCUAACAGCAGCAGCAACACCACAACCAACACCAACAACAACAACAGCAAUAGCAAUGCCACCAACACAAGCAACAGAAAUUAAUUAGACAUGUCUCUUAUUAAUUUUUUUGUUUCUUAUGAACAGUUAAUUAAUUUCUUUCUUUUCUUUUUUUAAUCCCCUUCUUUUUAAGGGGUGAGAAUGAGGUUCAGAUGUUCAUAUUUUUCUGUUCUUUUUUUUCUCGGUCUUUGUUGUGGGGGAGGGAUAGAAAUCAAGUAAAAACACAAAGCUUCAUUCUUUUUGUCA